ACAUCUACACUUACUUGGUACUCGAUCUCCAGCGAGGCCUUCAGGGGCAUGGGCUGGUAGAAACACUCCUUCUGGCCCGCCGGAAGUGUGAACGUGAAGUCGCUGUCUAAGGAGGGAGUGAAGCCGGCCGCCCUAGGCAGCAGCAGAACGGCCAAGAGGACCACGGGGAAGGGUAGCCGGAUCUUAUCGCCCAUCCCUGCCUGGGCGAUCUCGGGCUGGGAAAGGCGUUGAGAGGCGUGGGUUAUCGGCGCUUAAGCUCCGCUUUUCCUUCCAGGACUCCUCGUGGUUGGCAGGCAAACCAGGAGCCUGAAAAAGCUCCAGGUGAAGGCCUGGGCGGAGGGGCGUUUCUCAGAGAGGGAAACGCCUGUCUACGAAGCGUAAGGACUGAAGGCGGAGCCAGCAGUCCUUUUCCACACCCUUUCAGGCACCGCGCCAGCGCGGACCGCCUGACACCCAGACCUCCGCAGCUUCCCAUUGCCGGCCUCACACCAAUGGGCGUCGUGGUGGCAAUUGUGGGAAAUGUAGUUCCAGGUAGGCAGGCUCGGACGCGCUCCCAGACCACAAUCCCCGACAAGCCCCGCGCGUCCGGCGUCGAUUCACGCUAAGGCUGCGCGGGGGGCUGGGCUGCGGUUGGGGAGGUGCGUUCCCAACGGUUCCCGCGGCGGUUCGAACUCGGCUCUACCGGGAUUCUCUGGUUUCCCAUAGUGUGUCGCGUUCCGCGCUUGGGGCCGGGGAGAGGGUCGCAGGUUUCCGAACGCAAAGGAGAGCGCGGCGUGCGCUGUCGUCGGUGGGUCUCUCUCACAGCUACGACUCGUGGUGAGCGACUGCCCCUGAGGGUGGAAACUGGCCUACCUGAGGAGAAAUGGAAUCUAGUUCAUCAGACUUCUAUAAUAAAGAUAAUGAAGAAGAAAGUUUGCUGGCAAAUGUUGCUUCCUUAAGACAUGAACUGAAGAUAACAGAAUGGAGUUUGCAGAGCUUAGGGGAAGAGUUGUCUAGUGUUAGUCCAAGUGAAAAUUCUGAUUAUGCUCCUAAUCUCUCAAGGUCUGAAAGACUCAUUUUGGAAGAUCUUUCUCACCCUCGCCAUCUCGGACUUUUGAAUUGCUCAUCUCAUAAAAGAGUUUGUAAAAUGCCCAAUAGUGGUACUGAUUUUCAAAAAAAGCCAGGAGAUAAGAUGUCUUUUUCAUCUUCUACCCCUGUGGAUCAGGAAAUCAGAAGUCUUCGAGAGAAACUUAAUAAACUUAGGCAACAGAAUGCCUGUUUAGUUUCACAGAAUCAUUCUUUAAUGACUAAAAUAGAAUCUGUCCACUUUGAAUUGACACAGUCAAGAGCAAAAGUUUCUAUGCUUGAAUCUGCUCAAAAACAGGCAGCCAAUGUACCAAUCUUAGAAGAACAGAUUAUAAAUUUGGAAGCAGAAGUUUCAGCCCAAGAUAAAGUUUUGAGAGAGGCAGAAGAUAAAUUAGAGCAGAGUCAGAAAAUGGUAAUUGAAAAAGAACAGAGUUUGCAGAAGUCCCAAGAGGAAUGUAUAAGGUUGAAGGUGGACUUACUUGAACAAAGUAAACAAGGAAAGAGAGCUGAACGACAAAGGAAUGAAGCACUAUAUAAUGCUGAAGAGCUCAGUAAAGCUUUCCAACAUUAUAAAGAAAAAGUGGCUGAAAAAUUGGAAAAGGUUCAAGCUGAAGAAGAAAUAUUAGAGAAAAAUCUAAUUAAUUGUGAAAAAGAAAAUAAAAGGCUACAGGAAAAGUGUGGUCUGUAUAAAAAUGAACUUGAAAUUCUAAAAGGGAAAUUAAGGCAGUUAAAAGAAGAAAAUAAUAAUGGGAAAGAAAAAUUAAGGAUCAUGGCAGUGAAAAAUUCAGAAGUCAUGGCACAACUAACUGAAUCUAGACAAAGUAUUCUGAAGCUAGAGAGUGACUUAGAGGACAAAGAUGAAAUACUUAGAGAAAAAUUUUCUCUAAUGAAUGAAAACCGAGAAUUAAAAGUUCGUAUUGCAACACAGAAUGAGAGACUGGAUUUGUGUCAGCAGGAAAUAGAAAGUUCAAGGGUAGAACUGAGAAGUUUGGAAAAAAUUAUGUCCCAGUUGCCUUUAAAAAGAGAAAUAUUUGGUUUUAAAUCACCUCUUCCUAAGCACCAGAUGAGUAGUUUGUCAAAUAAGCAAGACAGUUACAUUGGCUGCUGCGAGACAAAUAAAAUGGUGAUUUCGGAAUUGAGGAUUAAACUUGCAAUAAAAGAGGCAGAAAUUCAGAAGCUUCAGGCAAACCUGACUGCAAAUCAGUUAUCUCACAAUCUUACUGCUUGUAAUGACUGCCAAGAAGGUCGCAAAUUAAAUAGUUUAGAAAUAGAACCUGUAAAACUAGGUAAUCAAGUAGAAAGUUUAAAAGAUCAAAAUCAGCAUACUAUGAACAAGCAAUAUGAAAGAGAAAGGCAAAGACUUGCUUCUGGAAUAGAAGAAUUACGUGAUAAGUUGACACAAAUAGAAGCUGAGAAUUCUGAUUUGAAGGUUAACAUGGCGCACAGAACCAGUCAGUUUCAACUCAUUCAAGAGGAGCUGCUAGAGAAAGCUUCAAACUCUAGCAAACUUGAAAGUGAAAUGACAAAGAAAUGUUCUCAACUUUUAACUUUAGAGAAACAACUAGAAGAAAAAAUAGUUGCUUAUUCCUCCAUUGCUGCAAAAAAUGCAGAACUGGAACAGGAACUUAUGGAAAAGAAUGAAAAGAUUAGGAGCCUGGAAACCAAUAUAAAUACAGAGCAUGAGAAAAUUUGUUUAGCUUUUGAAAAGGCAAAGAAAAUUCAUCUUGACCAGCAUAAAGAAAUGGAAAAGCAGAUUGAAAGACUUGAAUCUCAACUAGAGAAAAAAGAACAACAAUUUAAAGAACAAGAAAAGACUAUGUCUAUGCUGCAGCAAGAUAUAAUAUGUAAACAACAUCAUCUUGAAUCACUAGACAGACUCUUGACAGAAAGCAAAGAGGAGAUGGAAAAGGAAAAUGUGAAGAAAGAUGAAGCUUUGAAAGCAUUACAGAACCAAGUAUCUGAAGAAACGAUCAAGGUCAGACAACUAGAUUCGGCACUGGAAAUUUGUAAGGAAGAACUUGCCUUGCAUUUGAACCAAUUGGAAGGAAAUAAAGAAAAGUUUGAAAAACAGCUAAAGAAGAAAUCUGAGGAGGUAUAUUGUUUACAGAAAGAGCUGAAGAUUAAAAAUCAUGGUCUUCAAGAAACUGCUGAGCAAAAUGUUAUUCUGCAGCAUACUCUUCAACAACAACAGCAAAUGUUACAACAAGAGACAAUUAGAAAUGGAGAGCUAGAAGACAUUCAAACUAAACUUGAAAAACAGGUAUCAAAACUGGAACAAGAGCUUCAGAAACAAAGGGAAAGUUCAGCUGAAAAGUUGAGGAAAAUGGAGGAGAAAUGUGAAGCAGCUACAUAUGAAGCAGAUUUGAAAAGGCAAAAAAUUAUUGAGCUUACUGGUACUACCAGGCAAGUAAAACUCGAGAUGGAUCAAUACAGAGAAGAGCUAUCUAAAAUGGAAAAAGAAAUAAUGCACCUAAAACGAGAUGGAGAAAAUAAAGCAAUGCAUCUCUCUCAGUUAGACAUGAUUUUAGAACAGACAAAGACAGAACUAGAUAAGAAAACAAGUGCUGUGAAGGAUUUAGAAAAGUUACAGCACCACACUGAAACUGAGCUAACAGAAGCCUUGCAGAAACGGGAAGCGCUAGAGACUGAACUGCAAAAUGCUCAUGGAGAAUUAAAGAGUACUCUAAGACAGCUGCAGGAAUUGAGAGAUGUUCUGCAGAAGGCUCAAUUAUCAUUAGAGGAAAAAUAUACUACAAUAAAGGAUCUCACUGCUGAACUUAGGGAAUGCAAGCUGGAGAUUGAAGACAAAAAGCAAGAACUUCUUGAAAUGGAUCAGGCACUUAAGGAAAGAAAUUGGGAGCUAAAGCAAAGAGCAGCUCAAGUUACACAUUUGGAUAUGACUAUUCGUGGGCACAGGGGAGAAAUGGAACAGAAAAUAAUUAAAUUAGAGGGCACUGUGGAGAAAUCAGAAUUGGAACUUAAAGAAAGCAGCAGACAGAUAGAAAGUUUGAAUGAAAAAUUGCAAAAUGCCAAAGAACAACUUCGAGAAAAAGAGUUUAUAACACUACAAAAUGAACAAGAGAUAAGUCAACUGAGAAAAGAAACUGAACGGGCCCAACAAAAGAUGAAAGAAAUGGAAAGUGUUAUGAAAGAGCAGGAACAGUACAUUGCAACUCAGUACAAGGAGGCCAUAGAUUUGGAGCAAGAAUUGAGACUAACUCGGGAGCAGAUGCAGAACUCUCAUAUAGAAUUGGUGGAGGCCCGUCAUCAACAAGUCCAAGCCCAGAGAGAAAUAGAAAGGCUCUCAAGUGAACUUGAGCAAAUAAAGCAACACUCUAAAGAGAAAGAAGCUCAUGGAAAAUAUUUAGCUGAAGAAUUGGGGGCUUCUCAAGUACGUGAAACUCAGUUAGAAGCAAGAAUGCAAGCAGAAAUCAAGAAAUUGUCAACAGAAGUAGAAUCUCUCAAAGAAGCAUAUCAUCUAGAGAUGAUUUCACAUCAGGAAAACCAUGCAAAGUGGAAGAUUUCUGUUGAUUCUCAGAAGACUUCUGUUCAGCAACUAAAUGAACAGUUAGAGAAAGCAAAACUAGAACUAGAAGAAGCCCAGGACACGGUAAGCAGUUUGCAUCAGCAAGUCCAAGACAGGAAUGAAGUGAUUGAGGCUACAAACGAAGCAUUGCUUAUUAAGGAAUCAGAAUUAACCAGAUUACAAGCCAAAAUUUCUGGACAUGAAAGGGCAGAAGACAUCAAAUCUCUACCAGCCUCAUUUACAUCUCCAGUAGAAAUUACGCCUGAUAUUCAAGAUUCAAAAUUAGCUAAGCAUUCUCACACAGCUUUUUUCAAGUGUAGAAAACUACGUCGCUCUAUUAGUGCCAGUGAUCUUAGUUUCAGAACUCAUAUUGAUGAAGAUCUUUCUGAAGAAUUACUACAGGACUUAAAAAAAAUGCAAUUGGAACAGCCUUCAACAUUAGAAGAAAGCCAGAGAGAUCUAACUUAUACCCAGUCAGACUCAUUUAAACCUCUCACAUAUGACCUCAGUGAUGAUAAUUCUGAGAAUAAUGACUUCAGUACUCUGAGUGGAAUGCUAAGAUACAUAAACAAAGAAGUGCGACUAUUAAAAAAAUCUUCUAUGCAAACAGGUGCUGGUUCAACUCAGGGAGAAAAUUUAUAGUUAAAAGAAGAUGUUGAUGUGAUGAAAAGUGGAAGUUUUGUUGUUAUAUAUUGUUUGGGAAAAGCGUACAACCAUGCUGUGGAGAAGACUGCUAAUAUUUCACCAAAAUUGGUCCUUUUCCUUUUUCUGUAAUUACAGAGUUUUAGCUGGGCUCAGUGGCCAGACACUAUAUUUCCCAGCCUCUUCAGUGACUUAAGUUCUCAUCAGAAGGCUACAAGCAGAAAUGUGUAUAACUUCAGACCUGGGCAUUAAAAUAUUAUAUAUGUGCUCCUCCAAGGUCUUUUCCUUUCUCUUAAGCUGGAAUUGCCUGCAACCAACUUCAAUCAUGUAGGUGAGGAAAACACUGUAGGAGAUGGCAAAAAAACGAAAUAGAAAGAACCGAGGUGCCUGUGUGACCUCAAGCAUUCUCCUUGGAUUAUUACAUAAGAGAGAAAUAAAAUUCUGUCUUUUUGAAACCACUGAGUAUUGAGGAUCUCUAUGUAAAGAAGCUUAACCUUACCCUAAUUUUAUGCCAUUGCCUAAAGAUUCUUUGUAUUAGUCUUUAUCUCCACAUGGAUCAAAUCUUCACUACUCCUAAGUCUAUCAUGACACCCAUACACAGAUACAUAUUUUGUGGAUGACUUUACCUCCUCCUUCAAAGAAAGAAUGGCAGCCAUCAGACAAUUUCUACAAUUUCCUGCCCCUGCAUUUACAGACUUAAUCUGCACUCAGUUUACCUCUUGUUCACCUGAGUGAAGUUUAGGUUUCCCUCUAGGUAAUCUGUUUACCUUUAUUUUGAAUCCCUCUCUGUAUCCUCAGGGACUUAUCCCCUUCAUCAAUAAUUUCCUCUCAUCUCUCUUGUCAACUGUUAAUUUUUUUCCCAUCAACAUUAAACAUAUCCAAGUCUCACCUAACCUAAGAAAGAAAAAUCUUUUCCUCAAUCUCACAUCCUCAGUCUAGCUUCCAUUCCAUCAUGUACUUACAUGGCCCAUAUUCUUGAAAGAGUUCAUUAAAUUAACUGUUUCUGUUUCAUUUCCCCUCCCUUCUCAUGUGCCUGCAAGAGAUCCAGCUUUUUUGGUUAUUUCCCAGACAUAUCCCAGAACCUCCCAUUAAUGCUUUAUAUCCUUUAAAUUCAUUCUAGUUGUCAGAUGUCACCUAAGCCAGAGAGGCAAAGCUAACAGGAUAAGUAUCCUGGUUGGCCAUAGCAAACAUUUUAUUUCUUUUAAAGCUGUUCAAAAGAUGCAUGCAUAAUAGAUGAGACCGUAUUAUUUUGUUUCCAGUAGAUGUCCAAUUAAUUCCCCUUUGCUUGGAUUCCAUUGUUAGCAUGUAACUUUAUAAGUAUACAUUUGCUUCACACAAGCUUUUUAUUAGUAAGAUGAGACUAUGAUAGUGUGUCAGUAUGACUGUCUAGUAAAUUUCAUUUAUAAAUUAUUUGGGUUAAAUAUCAGUCUUCUAUGAAUGAUUGCCAUGUAUCAGUUUUUCUAAAUGAAUAGAUUUUGUUAUCUACAAAGCUGAGUAUCAAGCUAUAAGCCACAGUAGGUUUAUGAGGGAAUACCAUAACAUGGCUCUCUUUUGAGGGGUCAGUUUACUGUCUGAAGGUAAAGCCUUAUGUAUUAGGCAGAGUGAACACAGUGUAGACUUAGGACAAAUAAAACAACUUUUUGUUGACAGGGAAGAGGGGUAUUGUUCUUAAAUCUGGCCUUUCUCAAGGAGACAUUUUUAAGAGCAAGGGGGCACCAAAUAUUGUACUUAAUGGAUUGGCAAAACAACUAUAGGAUAAAAGCAAAGUAUAAUUUAAAGGUGAGGGAGUACUGGAAAAUCUUAGAAUUAGGGCAAUGUAAAGUGUGCUGUGCUUAGUCGCUCAGUCAUGUCUGACUCUUUGUGACCCCAUGGACUGUAGCCUGCCAG